ACACUUUGAAUAAAAGAUUUUUUUUUAUUAUUUUAUUUAACUUUAGCAUAACAUAUGUGUCAUACGUGUUCAGUUCUUUAAGACAUUCCAGGAAAUGGAAACUUAUAAUCAAUUAUUAAAAACUUUGGAAGAGUUUAAUCAAUCACAUUUAUUACAAUUUUGGAAUGAACUUUCAUCCGAAGAACAGCAACAAUUAACUGAAGAUAUAAAUAAUUUAAAUUUAUGUGAGGUAACAAGAUUUUUUAAAAAAGCAAAUGAUUCCAUUGAAGAUGAGGUGAAAAAGUUAGAUGAUCGUAUGGAACCGGUACCUAGUGCACAAUAUGAAUCAUAUGCAACCACCUCGAAUGAACAACUUGAAUUGUAUCGUCAACAAGGCCUUGAAGAAAUUGCAUACGGACAUGUUGGAGUGUUGUUAAUGGCUGGUGGACAAGGUACACGACUUGGAGUGACCCAUCCAAAAGGAAUGUACGAUAUUGGUUUACCAUCGAGAAAAUCAUUAUUCCAAGUUCAAGGUGAACGAAUUAGAAAGUUACAACAAAUCGCUGAAGAGAAAACUGGACGUAAAGGUAAAAUUACUUGGUAUAUUAUGACUAGCGAGCAUACAAUGGAUCAAACUAGGAUCUUUUUUGAAAAUCAUAAAUAUUUUGGAUUGGAUAAAAAUGAUGUUGUCAUGUUUCAACAAGGAUUAUUACCAUGUUUUGAUUUUGAUGGUAAAAUUUUAUUAGAUACCAAAUCUCACGUAGCAUUAGCUCCAGAUGGUAAUGGAGGAAUUUAUCGAGCAUUAAGAAGCAGUGGAAUUUUAACUGACAUGAAAAAUCGUGGCGUUAAACACUUACAUGCGCAUAGUGUUGAUAAUAUUUUAAUAAAAGUUGCCGAUCCAAUUUUUAUUGGAUAUUGUGUUAGUAAAGACGCACAUUGUGCGGCUAAAGUUGUCCAAAAAACGUCACCAAAUGAAGCUGUUGGUGUUGUAUGCAAGGUUGAUGGAAGUUUUCAAGUUGUCGAAUAUAGUGAAAUCACUCAGAAAACAGCUGAAUUAAAAUCAUCCGAUGGUUCGUUAGUUUUUAAAGCUGGAAAUAUUUGUAAUCAUUAUUUUUCUCGAGAAUUUCUAGAAUCUGUUGCCGAUCAUCAUGAAGAUCAAAUGAAAUUACAUGUUGCCAAAAAGAAGAUACCAUAUGUCGAUGAAAAUGGUAUUCGUCAGAAACCGUUAGAACCAAAUGGUAUUAAAAUUGAGAAAUUUAUUUUCGAUGUUUUUCAAUUUACGGAUAAAUUUUUGACUUGGGAAGUACCCCGUGAAGAUGAAUUUAGUGCAUUAAAGAAUGCUGAUAGUGCUGGUAAAGAUUGUCCAUGUACCGCACGUAAUGAUUUAUUCCGAUUACAUAAGCGAUACAUUAUCGAGGCUGGUGGUAUCGUACAAAAUGGUGAUGUUUGUGAAAUAUCACCAUUAUUAUCGUAUGCAGGUGAAAAUCUUUCAUCUAUUGUUGAAGGUAAAGUGUUUAAUUCGCCUGUGUUGAUCAAAUCACCCGACGAAGAUUUGUAAACAAAGCAAUACCUUUUGUAAUUUUUCAAUUAAAAAUGGUUUUCAUUUUUUUUUUUGCUUUGUGAUUUCGAAAAGAAUAUUUUAUUAUCAAUUUUCUAUUUUUAAAUUUAAGCCAUGCUUCAAGAUUACUACUUAAUAAAAUUUUGAAUUGCUCGAAAAGGAUACUUUUAAAUAACGGCAUGCUCGUAACU